AUGAAAUUCAUAUAUCAAAUAUUUACCAUUAUUGCCUAUAUCUGCAUUCCGAUAUAUGCACAAAAUGAAGACUGUACUAAGACAAACAAUAGCCGGUGCGACUACAAAUGGAAUGUACGAAAAUUGUCAGACACACUUGCAAACAAGUUCAGCGAGAUUGUUGUCAACGAGCUUGGAAGUGAAUAUACAUCGCACCUAGAGAUACGAACCGCGUACAAAGUAAGUCGAUACCACACUAAAGAUAGCAGUUCCUUAACCAACAUCGUAGAGAAGUUAAAUUACAAAAUAUCCUCAGCAAUAAACAUACUUCUUGACAUGAAAAAUGCGAUGAUUAAAAACGAUACUCCGUCCUACACUCAUCCCUGUCCGUUUACUUCUAUUGGUAAAUCAGUGUUUAUAAAGAGUACUAAUGUUUUUGACGACAUAUCGUCUAUAGAUAUGCAACCCCAUACCAUUGGUAGAUUUAAGGAUUUAAAAGUAAAACGAUCAUACUUUCUAUCAAAUAUUGAUUAUGCAACUGACAAAGAUUGUGCAGCCAUGCCCCACUCAAACUUGAGAUACUUGUAUCAUAAAGUUGUUCAUCCUGACCCAAAGGUGUUUGUAUUUUUAAUAGAUAACAACAUGAAAACAGAAUCACUGCAGUAUGCUGUUAGUAUUGUUAAAGAAAUAGCUUUUGCAUUGCAAACCAUUGAUAUAUUUGCCUUGAAAAUAACAAAUAUAUCAAACUUUAUGAAGUUUGAGGAUACUUGCAGCAACAAUGGCAUAUCAAAUCUUGGGAAUGCAACAGAUAACAAUAAAUUACUAUUAAGAGAGUAUGUAACUUCAAUAGACACAGCUACAAAUAGUUUAUCUCCGGCCACCAUAAAUGAAGAGAUAAAGAUUCUGUUAAGUGAGAAAAAACUUCCUGAAAACAAAAUGAUGAUAUUCUUCACUGAUGAGCAACGGAAUAUAUUGAAAAAUGACACAUGGCUUAGAAUAUUCACACAUGGUGAAGCGGUAGAAGGCAAAUUAAAAAAUUGUAUCGGAUUAAUAUAUAAAGGAAGGACCUUACAAAAUAGUUCUAUAGAAAUUUUACACUUUGACAAAUCUCACAAUCAUUCAAAUAAUCCUAUCGUGAAGCUUCACCUUAACAAUAGUGCUGUCAUAGGACAAAUAGCCUCGGCGUUUAUUUCUCUAUUACCUGCUAAAUAUGAAAAAAAAUUGCAAGCCGAAGGUCCGCUGUGGGAAGCAACAGAAAGAGACUUUAUGGUUUCUCUCGUACAUCCUGUUUCUUAUGGAGUUCUUGGACUGGAUUUGUACUGGUCGGAUUUAGCUGAGGAUAUAACCUAUUUCAAAGAAAAAAAUCACAAGAAGAGAGCGUUUGUGAUGGAUUUUUCAGGAAAAAUCUUAAUGCACACAUAUUUUCCACGACCUGAAUCAACUUCUGAUAAAAUUAAGUUCACCACCCUAGAAGCCGUAGAAACUUGCAAUUAUACUGAUGUUAUCAAACAUAAGUUAUUGACAAUCGAGUCGGGGAAUUAUACAAUAAAUGAAAGCAACUCAUCAAAAUCUAUAAUUUAUUCGUGGAAAUGGGUACAAAAACUAUAUAUUGUUUGUAUUGUAUCAGAAUUUUUUAAUAAUAAUGUAACAAACAGGACACACAUGUUUUUCACAAAGACUAGUAAAGAAAUACUGUUUCAUAGAUUGGAUCUGUUUCCUCCAAAAACUGGUAAAGUGUGUCGUCAUUUUAAGCAAAUUGCUACUAUUGAUCAAGGUACAGUGUACUUAAGUCCUUCUAGCUUUCAGUCCCCUUUUACUUAUCUAUAUGAUAUGGGUGAUGGUCAAGAAGCAAUCACUUACAUGCAAAACUACUUAGCUUAUCUGAGGAGUGUGGCGCAUGGCUUACUAUCGAACCCUGGACUAAAGAAUGAAAUACAACAAGAUGUCGGGUUUCUCAAUUCAAUUUUAUCCUUUUAUAAAAGACAACAUUUGCACGGACCUUAUUCAAAAUAUAUAGUUCGAAGGUAUGCUGUUACAGAAAAUGGUGUACUUGUCAUGUUUCCUGGUACAGUCUUAGAAUAUGAUUAUGAGCCAGUGCGUAGGCCGUGGUACAUUUAUGCAACUGAAAAUCCAGGAAAAAUAAUUUUAACACCUCCAAAUUUAGAUGUAGGGGGUGCUGGGUAUGUUGUAUCCAUAUCAUAUGCCGUAAGAAGCCCAAUUUAUCCAUCAAUGGUAGUUUCAAUGGAUGUAACGAUGGGUUUCCUUUACAAACUCCUUAUUGACAGUUUGCCUCUAUGUGCCGAUGCAUAUUAUGUUAAAUGCUUUAUUAUGAACAAUCGUGGCUAUUUAGUGUCUCACCCUGGAUUGAUGGAUCCAAAUAGUUCAGGGCCCAUUGAACAGCAACAUAUUACCCAUAAAGAAUCAAUGAUAGCUAUUGAUAUGUUGAACCAUAAAGGAUUUGUAACAAAAAGAUUGUGUAAUAAUUUCUAUGAUAAAACUAUUCAAAGAUUUUAUGAGUUCAACACUUCUUUGCCCAAUGUUCUCUCAAAUGUGGUGUCAGGUGAUCACUGUAUUCAUUAUUAUAUUACCUCAAUUCCUGGUACUAAUGCUUUUGUUGGCCUCGUUAAUGCGUCUUGUAAUAUGGGCGCCUUUUGCCCUUGCAGUAUGGUAGAUCGCAUAUGUUUAAACUGCAAUAGAAUGGAACAAACCGAUUGUGAAUGCCCUUGUGAGUGUAGUUCAGAAUUAUAUGAAUGUCCUAAUGCCAAUUACUCCAAAUUUAACCAAAACAUCCCUCUAUGUGGUGUUACACCUGAGAACAAUAAUCAUAAAUCGCAUUAUUUUCAUAAUUUCGCCGAAAACUUAAAAUCUUGUUUUGAUUUUCAAUGUGAAACAUACACGACGCAUUCUUCUUGCUUAGGAGUCUUGGGUUGUGAGUGGUGUCAAAUAGAUACAGAUGGGCGGACGCGUCUUUCAACGCCUUUUUGCACUUCCCAAUCAACUUGCUUUAGUGGCGUUCUUGGCGCUGUAACGCCGUAUGGAGAGGGAACGUUCGGUCAUGUAAACAGGGACGCUUUUGCGAGCUACUCAGCAAUUGGACCAAUAGCAGGGUGUAUAGUAACAGUGAGCUUAUUCAUAGCAGUUGCAAUAUAUUGCUACAGACAAAAUUCUUCAUCGGAUAGCUGUCACAAUUUAUACGUCGAUGGUCCAGCUGAAACUUGGCACGACGCUGAUGUCCAAAUGAGCCACCUCCCAUCGGAUGACAUGCCAGAUAUGUCUGGACACGACAAGUUGUUACCGGCGAAGGAAAUUGAGGCUCCCAUUUCUCCGUAUCGAGUAGUGACUGGAUAUAGACGUCCCCACACUGCUGGAGGCUCAGAUCAUGGUUAUUCUACAAUGACGCCUCAUGAAGACUCUGAAGCGACCGGUUUCUCUGUCAAUGAUCCUAUAAUUUUAUCAGAUGAUACUAAAUCAGAUGCCAGUUUUCCUGCUCCCAGUAAAGUUAAGCCAUGGACAAAAACUUCAGAUCUCACUAUAACUGUAUUACCUUGUGGUAAAAAUAGUGUGUUAGCUCCAGUUACAGUUCACAGACAUAUGGAAGCAUCUUAAUCCAUAAACGUGGUUAUCUACCUCUUGUACAUAGUUGUGAACUUCCUAAUUGUUAUAAUUAAUUAUUGUGAUAUAUUAACUUGUCUUGAUUAAGUUAUAUAAUUUACUUUUUUUGGUGCUUAGCUUAUUGUGGCCAUGACAAGACACUUAACAAAUGUGUAUUAUAAAUGCAGCUAACAAUUUGUGAAUACAGUAUUGUUACCUUAGUUCUAGAUUAAUAUAAAUAUAGGCGCAUAAUUGUAUUUUAUUAUUUAAGUAUUUUUAUACGAAAAAUUACUAUGUAGCUGAUUUGACUCUGACAUCUAAGUACUUAACAUAUUUUACUAUUAUAAUGCUUGGGAUAUUUUUUGAAUGAUUUCAAACAGUUGAAAAGUCUUGCUGUAAAUGUUUAUAUUUCCUAAUCGUGACAAAAAAAAACUUAAUACUAUAGUUCCUUACAGCUUAAGAAUAUGCUUAUUACAUGGACUUUUCCAAUAUUAUACAAAUAUUUUCAUCUGAAUGUACUUAAAAAUACUUAGGACACGUCUUUUAACUAAAGAUUGCAUAUACCAGUUAAUUCAUAUAAACAAUAGUAACUCCUACAAACCAUAUAUUUAUAUUGUAGACAUUACUAAUAUUAAAUAAAAUAAAUUGUGUAUGUAAAUUGUAUACAUUUAAUUCCAUGCAUUUGAUUAAAUUUACUAAAAAUCUUAUCUUAAAUUUGAUACAAUAGGCAGCAAGUUUCAUAUACAGGUAAAUUAACAAUAAAAUGUUUUUUAUAUAUAUCAUUUAUUCAUAAGGUUAUAUACGUGCCAGUGCCUCCUUGACCAUUAAGUUCUAAUUGUACGUAUUUUAAGACUGACUGAUGUUGCAUUUACUUAUUGUAUGAUGUAAUAAAAUUUUGUAAGAAA